AUGGAUGAAGAGAGCAAGCAAGAGCGCAACGCGGAGAGGAAAGACCACCCACGAGAGCUGAUUGAGCUCAACGAGCGCGAGGUGCAGUCCCUCGCAGAGGUGAAGAGCGACUCCCCGUACAGUGCCAACCCGCGCCUCAACGCCAAGGUCGAGCUGUUACGCGGUGAUAUCUCGGCGCUGCAGGUGGACGCCAUCGUCAACGCUGCCAACGAGACCUUGCUCGGUGGCGGGGGUGUAGACCAGGCCAUCCAUGCCCGCGCUGGCCCAGAGCUGGUGGCGGAGUGCUCGCGGCUGCCAGCGAACCGGUUCGGAGAGCGCUGUGCUGUUGGGGAGGCGCUGCGAACGGAGGGGCACGGGCUGCCGGCCAAGUUUGUGAUCCACACCGUGGCGCCUCUCUUGGACGACGACGGGCAGCCGCAGGGGCACCUCCUCGCGCAGUGCUACGAGAGCUGUCUUCGACACGUCGAUGGCCAGCACGGCACGGGCUUCUAUGGGUUCCCCAUGGUGCCGGCGGCCAAGAUCGCUCUCGGGACCGUAAGGCGCUGGCUCGAAGCGCCCGACGUGCUGGACCGAGUUGACCGAGUGGUGUUCUGCACCUUCACCGACCUGGAGAUGACCGCCUACACCGCGCUCUGGCCCCACUUCUUUCCCUAG